UUUGGCGGGAACACCACUCUUUGAUCCUGCCGCUCAAGUCACCACUGGAUCAUGACGGGUCUCAAGCGCGAGUCCCCUCCUAGCACCUCCGUGGAGCCCAAGAAACCGCGACUGAGUGCUCAUGGCGCCAAGUCUGAGCCCUCUACAUUUGCGGACGACCUGGAGAAUAUGGUGCCUAUCUCCACGAAGGCCAGCUCGUGGCCUCGCAAGACCAUGGCGCCUGUAGACCCGAGUGCGGACUCUGUGGCGUUCCAAUGGAUCGACAUCGACAUGUAUGAUGGUCCUCCACUCAAAACGAAUCCGAAGAAAGGGGCACCUGUGCCUGGACUCAAAGCUUCGGGCGAUAACAGCCAAAAUGCGGCAAUUAUCCGCCUGUAUGGCGUCACUAUGGAAGGCCACAGCGUCCUCAUGCACGUCCACGGCGUGCUGCCCUAUUUCUAUGCUGUCUGUCCCGAUAACUUUGACGAGAGCAAGUGUGGCGAAGUACGAGCAGCUCUAGACGCAGCAGUGAGCCAGCGAGACAGAGACAGCAGCAGCAAUGCUCGCGUUGUGGGCGUCCAGGUCGUGAGGGACAAGAUGUCCAUCUAUGGCUACCAAUUCGACCGCAUCACGACUCUAUUCAAGAUCUUCUUGAGUAUGCCCAGCUACGUCCCGAAGCUCAGGAGUGCACUGGAAGGAGGACUCACCUUACCAGGCUGCGACUUCCGCAACUACCAGACAUACGAGAGCAACGUGCCAUUUAUUCUCCGAUUUAUGAUUGAUGAGGAGAUUAGAGGUUGCAACUGGGUGGAAGCCCCCAAGGGAACGUAUUCUGUACGCUCUGCGGCUCAGAAGAAGUCGCUGUGUCAACUGGAGAUCGACAUCACGUACGACAACCUCAUGAGCCACGCACCCGAGGGAAAAUGGGGCAAAGUGGCGCCGUUCAGGAUCUUGAGCUUUGAUAUCGAGUGUAUGGGCAGGAAGGGCCAUUUCCCAGAGGCAGAGCAGGACCCAGUGAUCCAGAUCGCUAAUGUUGUGCAGGAGCAGGGAUCCCAUACGCCAAUUAUCCGAAAUGUGUUCGUGCUGGACACGUGCAAACCCAUUGUGGGCGCUCAUGUGAUGGAGUUCGAGAAGGAAGGAGAUAUGCUGGAGAAGUGGGCUCGCUUCGUACAAGAAGUGGACCCGGACAUCAUCACGGGCUACAAUAUCGCCAAUUUCGACAUCCCAUACGUACUUAACCGCGGUAAAGCGCUCAAGCUGCAAAACUACAAUCUCGUUGGCCGCUUGGCGAACUCGGCGGCAUAUAUGGAGAAGAAAACCUUCAGCUCAGCGCAAUAUGGCAAGAGUGAAAACGUCAAGACGACGAUCCACGGACGCUGCAUGUUCGAUCUGCUGCCAAUCAUGCGUCGCAGUCAGAACUUGAGUUCGUACUCGCUGAAUGCCGUUAGUGCCGCGUUCCUUGGCCAGCAGAAGGAAGACGUACCCCACGGAAUCAUCAGCGACCUGCAGCGAGGAACGGACGAUGAUCGCCACCGUCUUGCAGUCUACUGUCUGAAGGAUGCGUACCUGCCACUGCGACUACUGGACAAGCUCUCGUACCUCGUCAACUUUAUCGAAAUGGCGCGUGUGUCUGGCGUUCCGAUUGACUUCCUGAUCGAACGAGGACAGCAGAUCAAGGUGUUUUCUAUGCUUCUGCGCAAGUGCAAGGACGCUUCACUCGUUGUGCCGACACUGCCUCGAUCGCAGAACAACGAAGAUGCGGGAUAUGAAGGCGCCACGGUUAUUGAGCCCAAGAAGGCCUUCUACUCGGUGCCCAUUGCGACACUAGAUUUUGCCUCGCUGUAUCCGUCGAUCAUGCAGGCUUUCAACUUGUGUUACUCAACACUCGUAGCGCCUGGAGAUGUAGACAAACUAGCCCCGGGUGACUAUGAGAAAUCUCCAUCGGGCGAUAUCUUCGUGACUAGCAAGAAGAAGAAGGGAAUCCUGCCGCUGAUCUUGGAGGAAGUGCUGGCAGCUCGUAAACAGGCAAAGCGAGACAUGAACGCGGCCACAGAUCCGAUGGAGAAGGCUGUGCAGAAUGGUCGACAGCUGGCACUGAAGGUGAGUGCUAACUCUGUGUAUGGCUUCACAGGCGCAAUUGUUGGCCAGAUGCCGUGUAUCCCCAUCGCGUCCAGUACUACCGCUUAUGGUCGUCAGCUGCUCUUCCGAACACGAGAAGAAGUCGAGCGUGUGUACACUAUUGCGAAUGGUUACAAGGCGGACGCUCAAGUGGUGUAUGGUGAUACGGACUCCGUUAUGAUCAAAUUCGGUGUCGACACAGUGGAGGAAGCCAUGCCGCUCGCCGAAGAGGCCGCCAAGCGUGUGUCCGACAUCUUCCCGAACCCAAUCAAGCUUGAAUUCGAGAAGGUUUACUUCCCAUACCUGCUGAUGAACAAGAAACGGUACGCUGGUUUGCUCUGGACGAAACCUGAAAAAUACGACAAGCUGGACUCGAAAGGUCUGGAGACUGUGCGUCGCGAUAACUGUUUACUGGUGCGCCGUAUGGUCGAUACUGUGCUGCGCAAGAUCCUCAUCAACCGCGACGUCCCGAGUGCCAUCUCGUACACGAAGAACAUCAUCUCAGAUCUGCUGCAGAACCGUAUUGAUAUAUCACUGUUGGUCAUCACGAAAGGCUUGAAGAAGACUGUGGACCAGGAAGACUAUAAGGUCAAACAAGCCCACACUGAGUUAGCGGAACGUAUGCGCAAACGUGACCCGGGAUCGGCCCCAGCACUGGGUGAACGUAUUGCGUACGUGAUUAUCGACAAGGGUAAAGCCACGCCGUUAUACGAGAAGGCUGAGGACCCAGUGUACGCUCUGGAGAACAACAUCCCAAUUGAUUGCGACUACUACAUGAAGCAGCAGCUGCAGAACCCGCUCGAGCGUAUUUUCGAGCCCAUUAUUGGUUUGAGUAAGGUCAAGUCGGAUCUCCUUAACGGUGCUCACACCCUCAAACGUUCCAAGCCCGUGCUGAAGCAGAACAGUGGCGGUAUGAUGAAUUUCGCUGUCAAGAAGCUCAAGUGUCUGGGUUGCAAGGCGCCACUGAAUGGGAAGGGCGCUCUGUGUCGCAGUUGUGUGGAGCGAGAGGCGGAGGUUUAUUCGCGCCAACUUGAGUCGGUCAACGAACUGGAACACUUGUUUGCUCGACUGUGGACGCAGUGCCAGAACUGCCAGGGAAGUCUCCACCAAGACGUUUUGUGUUCCAGUCGCGACUGCCCGAUCUUCUACAAGCGUAUUAAGGUGCAGAAAGACCUCGGGGAAGCUCAAUCAUCAUUGGAACGUUUCCAAUCCGUGGACUGGUAAGGUGUUUGAUUUAGGCUAGUUACGUAUGCUCGUGUAUUUUUUCAUUGCUGGUAAGAAAUACAAUCCUUGCAAAUAAUGAAACCAAGAUGAAAGAAAUACGCAGGUA